AUGUCUCUCAAAGAAGUCUCCUCCGCCAAUGUUUCCACGAGAUGUCCAAUGAAAUUCGGUGUUUACUUACCUGCCUGCUAUGGACCAGACAAACCUUGCCCUGUAGUGUUUUUCCUCCAGGGGUUAACGUGUACUGAGCAGAACUUCAUUAUCAAAUCUGGAGCUCAACGUUAUGCCUCGCAGUUGGGACUCGUCUUGGUCAACCCUGACACAAGUCCUCGUGGCUGCAAUAUUCCCGGCGAAGAUGAGGACUUUGAUUUUGGAACUGGCGCCGGUUUUUACGUAAAUGCCACUCAGGAACCAUUUAACACGAACUAUCACAUGUACGAUUAUGUCGUGAAAGAGCUUCCCGAAUUGAUUGAGAAAAAUUUUAACAUUAUUCCUGGCAAAUAUGGUCUGUUUGGCCACAGCAUGGGAGGUCAUGGUGCUCUGAUGGUUGGUCUUCGUAAUUCUGAUCGUUUUGUCUCCGUUUCCGCUUUUUCACCUAUUGUUCACCCUUCUGUCGUUCCCUGGGGUAUUAAAGCCUUCACUGGUUACCUGGGUGCUGACAAUGACUGGAGUAUGUACGACACUGUUGCGUUGGUAAAGAAACAUGGAAUGCGUUUCGCAUCACCACCUCUUAUUGAUCAAGGUGAUGAAGAUGAGUGGUUGCACACGAACUUAAAACCUGAGUUACUAGCUCAAGCCUGUGCUGAAGUUGGCCAAGAAAUCAAUAUGCGUUAUCAAAAGGGUUAUGACCACUACUACUGCUUCAUAAGCACCUUCAUGGAAGAUCAUCUAAAAUUUCAUGCGAAAAAUCUUACUGAAUUCUAA